GUUAAUUUAUUGUGUAUUAACAAUUUAUCUUCACUUUAUUUAUUUUAACAUAUUAAUAUGAUUAAUUUAAUUAUAAAACACAAGCAAUAAUUAAGUCAUCGCUGGUCAACUCCUACAUUCCCUCCUUUGUAUUCAGUAUUCACCAACCUUUACUCAUCCAUAACCAGCACUCCUCCAUCUCUCUGUUAGUUCUCUGCUUCCUCUCUUCAUUUGGCUCUCUAAUUCUUUAGCCACUGUUUUGCUUUUCUGUUGAUUUCAGCAGUCCUUUCUUGUCUUUAUUUUCUUUUAUCUUGUUCGACUCUGAUUUCUUAGUCUAUUUUGUUUUUGCUCUGAGAUUUCAAAAAAAAAUCAAAAAAAUUAAAAUGGUUCUUGAUAUCUUUAUCUCCAUCUUCUCUGAGUUCAUUAAAGAACCCAUCAUGGAAUUUGUUGUUGUCCCAAUCAAACGACAUAUCAGCUACCCUUUCACCUACAAGAGCAAGGUUGAGAAACUCCAUCAUGAGUCUGAGAAAUUGAAGAACAGAACAGUCAAGUUGCAGCAAGCUGUUGAGGAGGCUACAAGGAAAGGGGAAGAGAUCUAUGAAAGUGUCAACAAGUGGCUGAACGACGCAGGCAAAGCUAUUGAAGAAGCUGAGGAAUGUAUCAAAGGCAAAGAACCAGCGAAAAAGAGGUGUUUCGUUGGAUUAUGUCCUGAUUUGAAGACACGCUACCAGCUUAGCAAGAAAGCAGAGAAGAAAGCUCUGGCAAUUCAUGAGCUGGCGAAUGAAGGCGACCUUGAUUCAAUUUCCUUCCGUCCCACUCUACAGCAGAUAGUUGCCCCGUCAGUUUACGCUCGUGAGGGCUUGAAUUCAAGAGAGUUGUUCUUGGAGAAAGUUAUGGAUGCACUAUUAGAUCCAGAUCUUAAUAUGAUCGGGGUGUAUGGACUUGGAGGUGUGGGUAAGACCACCCUAGCAAAACAGGUCCACAGAAAAGCUCUGGAAGGGAAGCUAUUCGGCGUCGUCGCUAUGGUUGCUGUAGGUCAAACACCAGAACUCCGAAGAAUUCAAUCGGAGAUCGCUGAUAUCCUGGGCUUGGAAUUUAAGUCGGAGGAAAUACCUGGAAGAGCUAAUCGGCUAUAUGAGAGGUUGAAGAAAGAGUUGGAGAAAGAGAAGACAGAGUUGGAGAAAGAGAAGAAGGUACUUAUAAUUCUUGAUGAUGUUUGGAAAAAACUUGAUUUAAAUGCCGUAGGAAUUCCCUUUGGAGAUGGUUUCAAAGGAUGCAAAAUACUUCUCACCUCAAGGAGACAAGAUGUGUUAUCUCGCGAGAUGGGCACACAGCAAGAAUUCAAGCUCGACGUUCUACAGGACGAAGAGGCCCGGAGUUUGUUUGAAAUAACUGUAGCAGGUGCUAAAGAUUCAGAAUUGCCCCCUAUCGCCGCGGAAAUUGCUAAAAAAUGUGCAGGAUUGCCUCUUCUACUGCUCACAGUGGCGACAGACUUGAGAAACAGAGAGUUGUACGCGUGGAAUGAUAAGCUCAAUCAGCUAUCCGAGUUUGACAACGAAGAAAUAUAUUCGAAAGUGCACGCGAUUCUGGAGUCAAGCUACAAUAAUUUGUGUAGCAAUGAAGUCAAGUCGUUUUUCUUUCUCUGUGGUCUGAUAGGACAAUCUAAUAUUGAAAUCCAGUCCUUGCUGAAAUAUGUUAUGGGUCUUAGUUUAUUCAAGAACAUUUCCACUGUCCAGGGAGCAAGAAACAAAGUAUAUAGUUUGAUUGAUACCCUUAAAGCGCAGAGCUUAUUGCUAGAUGGCGACAUGUAUGGAUUCGUUAAAAUUCAUGAUGUUGUUCGAGAUACUGCUCUCAAUAUUGCAUCUAGAGAGCAACAUGCGUUUAUAGUUACAAGUGGCAUGGAAUUGGUGAAAUUCCCAAAUAAGGGUUGCACCAGAAUUUCUCUGCCGUAUUGUGAUAUUGAAAAUCUCCCCGAAGGAUGGGAGUGCCCAAAAGCAGAGGCACUAUUCCUUUUCACAGAAGUUUUUUGUUUGGGAAUUCCACAUCAGUUUUUCAAGGGCAUUAGAAACCUGGAAGUAGUGGAUUUUACUGGGAUCCAUUUUGUGUCCCUCCCUUUAUCGCUCGCUUUCCUAUCCAACCUUCAUACCCUUUGCUUGCAUCGAUGCCAACUGGACGACUUAGCUAUCAUUGGAGACUUGAAGCAACUACGAGUUCUUAGUUUUGCAAACUCCUACGUUGUUGAGUUGCCCAGACAAAUAGAGCAACUGGCUCGACUAAAAGUCUUAGAUGUGAGCAAUUGUUCCAAACUCAAAAUGAUUCCAGCAAAUGCCUUAUCAAAGCUGUCGGAGCUUGAAGAACUGUACAUGAGUAACAGCUUUGUUGAGUGGGAGGCCGAUGGGAACAAUGCAAGCCUUGCUGAGUUGGAAAAGUUGUCUCAGUUGACUACCUCGGAAAUGCAAAUACUGGAUGACAAGAUAUUGCCAAAACACUUGUUCUCCAAUGGCCGCUUGCAGAGCUUCAGAAUACUGAUAGGGGAUAACUGGGACUGGGAUGACAACUAUAAAACCUCCAGAACGCUGAAACUUAAGCUCAAGACAAGCAUUCAUUCAGGAUACGGGAUUAAAGUGCUAUUGAGGGAGACUGAAGAUUUAUGCUUAGAUGAAGUGAGGGAGGCUGAGAACUUGUUGUAUGAUAUUGACGGGGACGGCUUUCCAAAAUUGAAGCAUCUCCGAGUCCAAAAUAAUCAUGCCAUUCAACAUAUCAUCAAUUCGACGAAGUGGGCCGUAUGUGAUGCCUUUCCAAUUCUAGAGUCCUUGAUUUUGAAAAAUUUGAUAAAGUUGGAGAAGAUCUAUCAUGGUCGACUUGCAGCAGGAUCUUUUAAUAAAUUAGAAAUUUUGCAAGUAAGAAAUUGUCAGAAAUUGACGUAUCUCUUCUCAUUAUCUGCUGCCAAGUGUCUUUUGCAACUACAGGAAAUGAAAGUGAAAGAUUGUCCUAGGAUGGAAGCUAUUGUUAUUGAUGAAAGUGAAAACAGUAAUGAAGUGCUUGAGUUCAAUUGCUUGCGCUCUUUGAAUUUGCGAAAUCUUCCCAAUUUUAGAACCUUCCGCAGCAAAAUAAAGGCGCCGCCAAAGAUUGAAGAAUAUCUGUCAGAACAGGGGAAUAAUGCCCAUUUAUCACUUUUCAACAGAAUGGUUUCUUUCCCCAACUUAGAUGAUCUUCGAUUACAUUCAGUUAGUUGUGAAAAGAUAUGGCACGAUCAACUUUCUGCAACUUCUUCAAAAUUAGAGAGAUUGUCUGUGAAUGAUUGCAAUGAGUUAAAGCAUUUAUUUACAACUUCAAUUGUUAAAAGACUCUUGCAGCUCAAAACACUUCAAAUUUAUGUUUGUAGUUCCAUGGAAGAGAUAAUACUGAUUGAGGAAUUUAUAGAAGAGGAAGAUGAGAGGAUGAAUCAGAUACUCUUCCCUAAAUUGGAUGAGCUGACACUUCAAAAUCUUCCAAAUUUGAUUAGAUUCUGCACUAGAUAUCAAAUUGAAUUUCAAUCUCUUAGAGACUUGGACAUAAGAGGGUGCUAUACAUUGAUGUGCUUGGUCCCCAGUGUCCCUCAUACAGGCAUGAUAGAAAAACAAGAUGACAGAGAGAUGAAUCAGAAUCAGAAUCAAAGUGACAAUGCUGAAAUUCAAUCUCUUUUCAAUGGAAUGGUUAGUUUUCCUAACUUGGAGAGAUUGAGUCUCUUCGGAAUAAAUGAGUUGAAAAGAAUAUGGCACAGCCCACUUGCAGCAAAUUCAUUCUUUAAAUUGAAAUCAUUAAAUGUUUCUAAUUGUCAGAAAUUGAUGGCUGUUUUUCCAUCUAAUGUCUUAGAAAGAUUCCGAAAAAUGGAGGAGUUGCAUGUGAGCAAUUGUGCUUCAUUGCAAGAGAUAUAUCAAUUUGAAGGGUUCAAUGUUGAUGAAGUAUUUGAGUUGAGAAGAUUAUAUAUAGAUGAACUAAGAUCGUUGAAGCAUGUAUGGAGGAAGGAUCCACAAGGAGUUUUCAGUUUUCAAAAUUUGAAAUCAGUUAGAGUUUCAGAUUGCAAUGUUCUAAACUAUCUGUUUUCAGCCUCCAUUACCGAGGGUCUUUUGCAACUUGAAGAGCUUACAAUAAUUAGGUGUGGGGUUGAGGAGAUUAUUGCAAAGGCUGAAGAUGUGGAACAAGCCCCUUAUUAUUGUUUUAAAUUUCCUCAACUAAUAUCUCUUGAACUUACAGAUCUAUCAAAAUUAAGGAGUUGGUAUCCAGGGAUACACAUUUCUGAGUUGCAGAAAUUGACAUGUUUGAAUGUUCGUGGUUGUCACAAGCUAAUAAAAUUCAGUUUCCAAGAAAUAGACGAAAAAGGUAGACGACCCCUACUUUUUUUGAAAAAGAUGAGUCCCAACUUGGAGGAAUUGACUUUAGAGCACAAGGACUUGAUUGCGAUACAGCAAGUUCAAUUCUUUUCUAAACUCAAAAUGCUUACUUUGACCAACUUACACAACAAAUCACGCCCUCUCAUAAUUGGUUUCCUUGAAAGAUUAUAUUCUGUGGAAACAAUUUUGGUAGAAGAAUAUAAUGCUUUAGAAGAGUUAUUCUCAUAUGAAGGACUUGCCGCAGAAGAAGAAGAACAUGCCAGGACACUUGCACGAGUGAAAAAUUUGAAGCUAGAUAGAGUUUAUAAUUUAAAGCAUAUAUGGGACCCAGACUCCGUACUGAAACCACUUCUUCAGUAUCUCGAGACUUUGAGUGUAUUUAAUUGUGUUAGUUUGAUCAACGUAGCACCAUCCUCAUCAUCUUUCCAAAAUCUAGCAACUCUUGAAGUGAGGUACUGUGCAGGAUUGGCAAACUUGAUAACAGCGUCCACAGCCAAGUCCAUGGUGCAACUCACCAAAAUGACAGUACGAGAUUGCGGUAUGAUGACAGAAAUAGUGACCAGCGAUGGAGAUGAUCAUACAGAGGAUGAGAUUAUUAAUUUCGACAAACUGAAAUGUUUGGUACUUGAUGGUCUGCCUGGUCUCAUCAGCUUUUGCUCCGGCAAUAAUGCCUUCAAUUUUCCGGCUUUAGAAAAUGUUACCGUCAAUAGAUGCUCCCGGAUGAAGAUUUUCGCUUCCGGACUUCUAAAUACACCAAAACUACGAGGAAUACUCCUGGAAUAUCAACAGCGUUGGGAGGGAAACCUUAAUGCAACACUAGCGGAAAUGGCAUUUUGCCAAUAUUUUAAAGCAUCUGAAUUUCCUGAGCUCUGGCAUGAUGGGAUGCAAGGGAGACUCUUACGCAAUGUAAAAAUGCUUGAGGUGGAUAAAUGUGCAAUGUAUAACAAAGCUAUACCAUCCAAUGUACUGGUGUUUUUAAACAAGUUGGAAGAGCUUGAGGUGAAAGACUGUGAUUCAGCAGAAAUAGUAUUUGAUUUGGAAGGGCUAUCUGCAGAUGAUGGGCUGCUUCCCCGACUAAGGAAAUUGGAAUUAACAAGUCUGCCAAUGUUGAGACAUUUAUGGAACAAGGAUCCCAGAGGAAUUUUAGAAUUCAAGAACCUAAAGUGGCUUCAUGUUGGAAACUGUAGCAGCUUGAAGUAUAUUUUUACCUGGUCGAUGGCAUCGGGUCUUUUGCAACUUGAAGAGAUAGAAAUAUACAAUUGUAAGAUGAUUGAAGGAAUCAUAGAAAAUGAGGAAGCAGCUGAUAAGAUAAUAUUAUUGCCUUCAUUGAAAUCUGUAGUCCUUAAAUAUUUGCCUAGAUUUUCCAAAUUGUGUUCAGGAUGGAGUAAUGUGGAAUGUCCAUUGUUGGAAGAGAUGAGCAUACAUGAAUGUCCAAGUUUAAAGAAUAUCUUUGCCACACAGACACUAGUGAACACAAUUGAUGAGUUUCAUACACCUUUUCUUAAUAAGAUGUUUCCAAAUUUGGAAAAGUUUUCGUUAGACAAGAAGUCUACCAUAACCAUACUUGGAUUUCAAUUUCCAACAUGCUUCUUUUCCAAAGUAAAAGUUCUUAAAUUGAGUUUCUUUCUAAACAAAUAUCAUGUUCCUCUGUUUAGUUUACUUCCAAUAUUCCCCAAUCUCCAAAGACUUGAAGUUCUUGAUUCUUCUCUCGACGAGCUACUUCCAUUUGAAGAACUGGGUGGUGACCAAGAAGAUAUCACUACAAUUCCACGUAUAAGAGAUUUAAAGCUUAAAAAUCUUCCUGAUUUAAAGCAUAUAUGGAAUCCAGAUGGCCAACUGCAUGACCCAUUAAUUCAGUCUCUUGAGACUUUUGAGAUAGAGUCUUGUGGAAAUUUGAUUGUUUUAGCACCAUCCUCUGUGUCUUUGAGAAAUCUGAAAACUCUCAAAGUAUAUAGAUGCAACACAUUGGCAAAUAUUUUUACAUCAGCCGCAGCCAAAAGUAUGGUACUACUUGAGACAUUGAUUGUAAGAUCUUGCAAUAUGUUGACCAAAAUAAUAGGAGGUGUUCAAGAGGAUGGAUCAACUGAUGAGAUUGUUUUCAGUAAGAUGAAAACAUUAGAACUUGAAGAUUUACAGAACCUCAAAUGCUUCUGCUUGGGCAGUUACUCUUUCAAAUUCCCAUCUUUAGAACAAGUGGAUGUUUUCAGAUGCCCCAAGUUGAGGACUUUCACUGUCCGCCAGCUGAGCGCACCAAAGAUACAUGGUGUAUUCACAGGCAACAGAUUCAAAAGAACAUUUCAUUGGGAAGGCGAUCUCAAUGCGACCAUUGAACAGAUUUACAUGAAAUAUAGAGUUGACCAAUAUUUUAAAGCAUCUGAAUUUCCUGAGCUCUGGCAUGAUGAGAUGCAAGGGAGACUCUUACGCAAUGUAAAAAGGCUUAUGGUGGAUAACUGUGCAAUGUAUAACAAAGCUAUACCAUCCAAUGUAAUGGUGUUUUUAAACAAGUUGGAAGAGCUUGAGGUGAAAGACUGUGAUUCAGCAGAUGUAGUAUUUGAUUUGGAAGGGGUAUCUGCUUAUGAUGGGCUGCUUCCCCAACUAUGUGAAUUGAAAUUAACAAGUCUGCCAAUGUUGAGACAUUUAUGGAAUAAGGAGUCUCAGGGAAUUUUGGAGUUCAAGAACCUAAGGUUGCUCCAAGUUGGAAACUGUAGCAGCUUGAAGUAUAUAUUUACUGAGUCGAUAGCAUUGUGCCUCUUGCAACUUGAAAAGAUAGAGAUAUACAAUUGUAAGAUGAUUGAAGGAAUCAUAGAAAAGGAGGGAGCAGCUGAUAAGAUGAUAUUAUUGCCUUCAUUGAAAUCUGUAGUCCUUAAAUGUUUGCCUAGAUUUUCCAGAUUGUGUUCAGGAUGGAGUAAUGUGGAAUGUCCAUUGUUGGAGGAGAUGAGCAUACAUGAAUGUCCAAGCUUAAAGAAUAUCUUUACCACACAGACACUAGUGAACACAAUUGAUGAGGUUCAUACACCUUUUCAGAUGUUUUCAAAUUUGGAAAAGUUUUGGUUAGAUAAGAAGUCUACCAUAACCAUACUUGGAUCUCAGUUUCCAACAGGCUUCUUUUCCAAAGUAAAAGUUCUUGAAUUGAGUUUCUUUCCAAACAAAUAUCAUGUUCCUCUAUUUAGUUUACUUUCAAUAUUCCCCAAUCUCCAAAGACUUGAAGUUCUUCAUUCUUCUCUCAACGAGCUACUUCCAUUUGAAAGACUGGUUGGUGACCAAGAAGAUAUCACUACAAUCCCACAUAUAAGAGAUUUAAAGCUUAAAAAUCUUCCUGAUUUGAAGCAUAUAUGGAAUCCAGAUGGCCAACUGCAUGACCCAUUAUUUCAGUCUCUUGAGACUUUUGAGAUAGAGUCUUGUGGAAAUUUGAUUGUUUUAGCACCAUCCUCUGUGUCUUUGGGAAAUCUGAAAACUCUCAAAGUAUAUGGAUGCAACACAUUGGCAAAUAUUUUUACAUCAGCCGCAGCCAAAAGUAUGGUACAACUUGAGACAUUGAUUGUAAGAUCUUGCAAUAUGUUGACCGAAAUAAUAGGAGGUGUUCAAGAGGAUGGAUCAACUGAUGAGAUUGUUUUCAGUAAGAUGAAAACAUUAGAACUUGAAGAUUUACAGAACCUCAAAUGCUUCUGCUUGGGCAGUUACACUUUCAAAUUCCCAUCUUUAGAACAAGUGGAUGUUUUCAGAUGCCCCAAGUUGAGGAUUUUCACUGUCCACCAGCUGAGCGCACCAAAGAUACAUGGUGUAUUCACAGGCAACAGAUUCAAAAGAACAUUUCAUUGGGAAGGCGAUCUCAAUGCGACCAUUGAACAGAUUUACAUGAAAUAUAUUGGAUUUAAAGGGAUAUAUGAUAUUCAACUCUCCAACUUUCCCAUGCUGAAAGAAAAAUGGCAUGGCCAAUUUCCAUUCGAGAACUUGGAGUACUUGAGAAAAUUGAUGGUGGACCAGUGUGCAUUUUUCUCAAUUGCCAUAUCAUCAAAUCUACUAAAGCGCUUGUCCUGGUUAAAUAAGCUGGCUGUAGAAAGAUGUGACUCUAUGGAAGAGCUGUUUGAAUUAGAAUGGCUAAAUGCUGAUGAAGGUGAUGUUGGGUUAUUGGAGUCUCUAGAAGAAUUGAGGUUAAUUGAUUUGCCUAGAUUGGUGCAUGUGUGGAACAAGGAUCCUCAAGGAAUUUUGAGCUUUAGAAACCUAACAUUGUUGAAAGUUGAGAAUUGUAGCAGCUUGACUAAUAUUUUUACUCUGUCCAUGGCUUCGGGUCUUGUAAACCUCAAACAUUUGGAAUUGAAAAGAUGUAAUUUGGUGGAACAUAUCAUCACAAAAGAAUCAGAAGAGGAAAUAGCAAAGGAUAAUACCAUAUUUCCAUCAAUGGAGUCCAUGAGUCUAGAGUGUUUGCCUAAUUUGUCAAGUUUUUAUUCUGCAAGCGAUGUUCUGAAAUGCCCAUCCUUGAAAAGAAUUGAGAUGGUUGGCUGUCCAAACAUGGAGCUAUUAGCUUCUAAAUUUUGCAAAGAACAUGAUCUAAGCAUGAUUGCUGAGGGAAAUGGAGAAAGAAUUGCAGCCUCUUCUGGCGGGAAGGUUGUCAUCCCAAGUUUAGAAGAAUUAAGAGUGGAAUGUAACACCAUAAAGAAUCUGUGUUCUCAAACAUCUCAAGCUGAUUUCUUGUGUGGGCUGAAAGGUAUUGAGUUGACAUGUAUUUCUAGUGACUCUACACUUUUGCCAUCUCAGUUCUUUGAAAGUUUACCCAUUCUGGAAAAGCUUGUUCUGAGUGAUGCUUCUUUCGAAGAUAUCAUUUUCUGUGAAGAGAUUAUUGGCGAGGAAAUACAUCCUCAAUUACUUGUGAAAUUGAAAGAACUAAGUUUGUCUAAACUGCCAAGGCUCAAGCAUCUCAGGGAUACCAAACUACUCUCAGUUUUCCAAUCUCUGGAGACUUUAAAUGUAAUGGAAUGUGGUAGAUUGCAAGUGUUAGUGGCAUUCUCUGUUUCUUUUCAAAAUUUAACAGCGCUGCAGGUAUCAAAUUGCCAAGGUCUAGUAAAUUUGUUGUCUUCUUCAACAGCGAGAAGUCUUGAACGACUUGAAAAAAUGAAGAUAGAGAAAUGUGAACUGAUACAAGAAGUCAUAGUGGCUAAAGUAGAUAAAGAAGAAGAAGAGAAUGAGAUUUGCUUCAGCCGACUAAAAUGUUUGGAACUUCAACGUCUACCAAGCCUCUCUAGCUUCUGCUCUGGGAAUUUGACCUUCAGUUUCCCAUCUAUGGAAGAAGUGAUCAUUGUAGAAUGCCCCAAUGUAAAGAUUUUUGCUCAAGAAGUAAGCACGCCGCAGCUGUGGAGAGUUCAAACAGGACCACGUAUAUAUGAAUGGGAAUGGGAAGGCAGCCUUAAUAACACCAUUCAAGCAUUAUUUAUGGAAAUGAAAGCUGAAGAUACGGGGAUAGGCCAAUGUUCAUAUGGGUGAGCUUGGAUAAGAAGGCUGACGUUCCAUAUGAUUUAUGACAGAUAUUCUCACAUUUUUCAAAUUGAAGAUAGAUGGUGGGACUACCAUUUGGUACCAUUUGAUCUCUUGGGGAUCAACUUGUCUUUCUUUCAUGAAUAAGAAUCAAUAAAAUGUGUCCAUGCUGCGUGCUGAGUUUUUCAGCAUUGACAAGACUAAACUAUCCACUUUGUCAUGCCUGAAUUUGUGUUUAACUUAUAUUAUACUUUCAAUUUUGAAUUUCUUAUAUUAUUUUUUUGGCG